GAGCGCUGCUCCACGAAUUGACAUCAGUUGUGUUUGCACAGAAUUUGACUUUAGGAGUCACCAAUCGAAUCCAUCCAUUCUCCCACCCCCCACUACAAAAUCAAGCAGGAAUAGUAGUCAACAUGAAGGUCUUCGUUUGCAUGUGCGCUCUCUUUGCUGUGGCCAACGCUGGCUUCUUGGGUCUCCUUGGUGGCGGCGGCGGCGGCUCCAACAACAACGGCGGCGGCCUUAAGGCUGGUCUCAACCUGGGUGGCAAUGGAGGAGGUGGCGGUGGAGGAGGCUAUGGCGGUGGCUCUUACGGCGGUGGCUCCUAUGGCGGUGGCUCUUAUGGCGGUGGACAUGGUGGCGGCCACGGUCCCGUCCAGGUGGUCAAGGUCAUCCAUCAGCAGGGCGGCGGCAGUUCCGAUGGCGGCUAUGCCGGUGGCUACAGCUACGGUCCCGCUCCCCAGGUCUACAAGGUGAAGGUUAUUUCCAGCGGCGGCGGCAGCGGUGGCAGCAUCGGCGGUCCAGCUCCCAUCUAUAAUGGUCAUGGACAUGGUCCCGCCUCCGUCAAGGUCAUCAAGGUGGUGCACCAGGAAUCAGCACCUCUGCUCGGCGGUGGCGGCGCCCCCCUCGUUGAGAGCGCUCCCCAGGUGAUCAAGGUUCUGCACGAGAGCUCAGGACAUGGCGGCCCAGGUCUGCAGUCCAUUGGCGGCGGCAUCUCUGCUCCCACCAAGGUGGUGCGCGUCAUCCAUGAGCACUCCACCUCCGGCUCUAUUGGCGCCGCUGCUCCCGCUCCCAUCUACAGUGGUCCCGGUGCUGCCCCCCAUCUACAGCGGUCCAGCUGCAGCUCCCAUCUACAGUGCUCCCGCUCCCGUUUACAGCGCACCUGCUCCCGCUCCCAUCUACAAUGCUCCUGCUCCCGCUCCCAUCUUCAGCGCCCCCGCUCCAGCGCCCAUUUACAGCGCUCCAGCUCCAGCUCCCAUCUUCAGCGCUCCAGCUCCAGCUCCCAUUUACAGUGCUCCAGCUCCAGCUCCCGUGCUCGCUCCCGCUGCAGUUUACGGUGCUCCCAUCUCCGCACCCGCUCCUGCUCCCAUCUACAACGCUCCCGCCCCCCGCUCCCGUCUACGCUGCUCCGGCUCCAGCGCCCAUUCAAUACAGCGCUCCAAUUGCCGCUCCAGCGCCAGCUCCUCUCCAGUACGCUGCUCCCAGUGUCUCGGUAUCCGCUCCAUCGCCGGUGCUCAGUGUGCCCGAGUCAGCGCCCGCUCCCAGCUUCGCUGCUCAGGGACCAGUCCUGAGUCUGCCCGCUCCCAUUGAGGAGCAGCAGCAACAGCCGCUGCCCCUGGGACAUGCGCCCGCCCAGACCUAUGGACCACCACAGUUCUAAGUGGAGCAACCACAACAGCAGCAGCAACAACAACAGGAAGAAGAAGA